AUUGGCGGCGGAGCCGGCUCUACGCUGAUUGGCUGAGGAUCUCGGCUGCGGCUCUUGGAGAGUCCCCAUUGGUGCUGCUUUCCAGGGCUGGAGAGUGGCGGCCCGGCCUCCGCAGGCUACUCCGGGUGAAGGUGCUCGAGCUCCGGUAGCUACCUUAGGACACUCAUCCCCCGACAGAGUCCGGACUGCGUUCCCUAGUCAGCUCUCAUUGCUGCCCCGGAGACACCCCCAGCUCUUCUCACGCAUCCUUUUCUUCCUGUUGCUUCUCCUUCUCCUGCCUCUCCAGCUCCUAAUACUGCGUUUCCUCUGCCGCACCCCCAGACCCCCUAGCCUGUCAUCCCGAGCAUCCUACCCCGACUCCUUCUGACUUCGGCUCCUCCUUGACCUCAGAUCCCUUGAGCCAACAGGGCUCUGUCAUACAUAGCCUUCUCACCAGACUCACCCACACUCCUCUCCUUCCCUCUUUGCCAAUCUCUGACUUCCAAGUUCCAACUAACCUUUCUUGACAUUUGACCUGACACUUGACUCUAGAACUCUAAAUUUCUACUUCUUGCAGCCUGGACUGUAAAAAAACCAGGUCUUGCCCAAGUUCCCUGAUCUCCCUUUCCAAGGCUGUUUCUAUCCCACCAUGGACUUCUUGAUGAGUGGUCUGGCAGCUUGCGGAGCUUGUGUGUUCACCAAUCCCCUGGAGGUUGUGAAGACCAGAAUGCAAUUGCAAGGAGAGCUGCAGGCCCCUGGCACCUACCAGAGGCACUACCGAAACGUCUUCCAUGCCUUCUUCACUAUCGGCAAGGUGGAUGGCCUGGCUGCCCUGCAGAAGGGCCUGGCUCCUGCACUCCUGUACCAGUUCCUGAUGAAUGGUAUCCGAUUGGGCACCUACAGUCUGGCCGAGACUAAAGGAUACCUGCACACGGCUGAAGGCACCGUCAGUCCUGUCCGCAGCGCCGCAGCUGGGGCCCUGGCUGGAGUCAUGGGAGCCUAUCUGGGGAGCCCUAUCUACAUGGUGAAGACACAUCUACAGGCACAGGCAGCCUCUGAAAUUGCUGUAGGGCACCAGUAUAAGCAUCAGGGCAUGUUUCAGGCACUAACCGAAAUUGGCCAGAAACAUGGUCUGGUGGGGUUGUGGCGUGGGGCCUUGGGCGGCCUGCCCAGAGUGGUCAUCGGUUCCUCCACCCAGCUGUGCACCUUCUCAUCUACCAAGGACCUCUUGAGCCAGUGGGAGAUCUUUCCUUCCCAGAGCUGGAAGGUGGCUCUGGCUGCUGCCAUGGUGAGUGGCAUUGCAGUAGUCCUGGCCAUGACACCUUUUGACGUGGCCAGCACAAGGCUCUAUAACCAGCCCACAGAUGCUCAGGGCAAGGGCCUCAUGUACCGGGGGAUCCUGGACGCUCUGCUGCAGACAGCUCGAACAGAGGGCAUUUUGGGCAUGUACAAGGGUAUAGGUGCCUCUUACUUUCGGCUUGGCCCCCACACCAUCCUCUCCCUCUUCUUCUGGGAUCAACUGCGCUUAUUCUACUACACAUAUACUAAAUAAGUCCCUCUCUCAUACACCACCAAACUGACACUCCUUGAGCAUCUUCUGCCUCCACUACUGUCUUGGUGGCUACUGACAAUGUGACUUUUCAUCUGUCUGAGGGGGACAGCCAAGCCCACUCCCUAUCUGUACUCUCAGGGUCGAAUCACUACGAGUAGUAGUUUCUCUCUCUUCCUUGUGUGUUGCUUCAAAUACUCCCACACACCCCUUUGUACACUUCGACCCUUGUCUCAGGGUUGAAUCAGUCACUCCAAAGUGUAUUUCCACUGCCAGUCUUGGGUCCCUUUUGCUCCCACACACAGCUUUAAACUCCCUCUUCCAAGCCAAAGGGAAUUGGGGAAACCUAGGUGUCCUCUUAAAUUCAAAGCCACAGAAAUUAUGUUGGUGGUAAAGCAAGUUUAUUUCUGCAGAGGAGGUGUUUUAUGUUUAUGUCCAGGAAAGAAGAGGAAACUCAGGUAUCCAAUUUCUUUCUCCCUUUUCUCAGAACUGGGUCCCUAAGUCCCUUAGCGGCGGCAGCAUGCGUCUUUAGUGAGGACCAAAGAUGUUUGGAUCAUGGAGGGUCAAACUGGUCACCAAUUGUUCAAAGUUACUCAAGCUCCAGGGCGGAGAUGACAGAUUUUCAGGGCCAAGACACCCGUUGUCAGAGCUUAGGGUAGAGGAACACAGAGAGAAAGAACACGGUUCAGGUCAGAGAUUUGAAAGAUCCCACUUCCUGUGUCCCAGAGGACCCAGGGAUCUGCCACCACAAACCCACUUCUGCUUCCCUGAAGACCCCAUCAACCUAUCUCCCACCUCUGCCCACCCAGACUAAGUAUCCCACUGUGAGAUUCCCACCCUUUCCUUCCUCCUUACGGGGGCUGAUUGAAUGUGAGCAAGAGAUCAGUCUGGUACUGGGGCAUCCGCAGCAAAGCCUGGUGCAGUGUGAUAUCCUUUGCUACCUAAAAGGAUCAGAGUCAGAAUGCUUCUCUAGAUCUCUGGAACUAUCUUUCCCCUAUUCCAGGGCAUCCCACACUCCUGUUGCCUCACCUGCUGGUUUUCUUUAGCUAUCUGUUGCUUGCCAGAGAGGACCCAGGCAUCUUGACAACAGCCCCUCAGGGCUAAAGUCUCCAAACUGAGAGGCUGCACAGACUCCACGUGCACAGACCUAGCCCCCUGCACCCCGCCAACAUCUUCAAAAUGGUACCUUGGGGGGGGGGGGAGAGAGGCGUCAGGGAGAGAUAACUCGCAGUGUCCCAAGCCCGAGACCGAGCACACGUGUGUCAUCUGGCCGUCUGCUAUUGCCCUUGGAGUUCUCCUGAAUAACCGUCCUGCCACAGACCCACCCGCUUCAUCGAGUCCCAACCUCCCAUUGGCCAGUCGAAGGGCCCCUUCCUCACAACGCAGCCGCUUCGCCCAGCACGUGGGCCUGCAGCUCCAGAAGUUCCACGAUCAGACUCUGGUCGGUCACGGGAUGGCAGAAAACUUCUUGGUUGUCCGGGACCGGGCGGAGGUCACUAGAGAAUCGGGGGGGACCCUGGCUGACUGUGGAUGCUUUCCCACAACCCAACCCGGGCCGGCCUCCACCGGGUAUCUGGGCUGUCUCACCUCACAUCAAUGGCCCCAGGAGGGAGGAUGGCAGAGAAGGCGCCCCCGAACAGUGGAAAGUCUCUGGUGGGCUCCAUGAACCGGGGACUAAGGUGUGGACAUUAGAGAAGCUUAAUGGAAACCUACAUGGGGCUUCGCGGAAUCACCUCUCUGGGUGGACGCAGCCGCCACCGCCUCCUCCGGGAUCGCUUAGAUCCUGGGCCUUUAAGACUUGGCCCCGCCUCGCGAUCCCGCUGACCAAUCGGCGGCCGCGCUUUGGGGGCGGAGCCCAGCCGGGACGUUCUCUGAAUUUGGAGAAAGCUGGGCAGGACCUAAGGUCUGGUAGGCAUUUCAGACCAGGGCUUCUCCUUAACGCUCCGUAGGGGGGUCAGUAUCCUGUCCCCGCCUGCCUCUUCCUUUUAAAGGAGUCGCACCUGGGAUGGGGGAAGGGGUGGGGGCGGACAGUUGCUCAACUAAGGGACCCAUGUCUGAGGUGGUGGGGGAAUAGGAAUGCCAACCACACUUCUAAUUCCCGGAUCCCAUGCUGGAAAUUAGGGAAACAAUAGGUCCAGGUGUGGAUCUGGGUUAGGAUUCUGGCCUCAUGCCAGUGAUACCCAGCCUGAGGAUUAUAGUUCUAAUCCCUUCAAAUCUUCGCUUUGGGAGGGUGGGGGUAAGCUCCUCUGCCCCAUGCACCUGGACUGAAGCACGGAUUAAACUCUCGUGUUUUUCUUUUACA